CAGUCGACCAAACAACGUAGAUUUGGGAGCAUUCCGGUGCCAGACGGUCAACCGAGCUGGCCGCGCUAAGUAGGAUUUUUCUCCGGAACCGGAAGUGAUACAAGUUCAACGUUGUUUUGACGAGGCUUGGCAGAUUGCACAAGUGAGAUUAGAGAGAGAAAAUAAAAAGUUCAGCUCAGGCGUCUAAAACCGUUUCAUGACUAGUGGCCAUAAAUUACCCGCGAAAGUUCGAUUCCCAGAGUGCAACACACCGUUUGACUGCCUGUUACGAAAGUGCCAAAAUUUGCAUGCGCAAGAAAGUGUCGGAGGCGAAAUCUAGAUUUAUGCGGGAUAAGCCAUUUCGACAGCUCGCCGAAGAAGGUUCUGCAAGUCCUUGUGGAUAAGUGUGCCAGCCGAUGUGGUGGUGAAAAAUCAAUCGUCACUAAAAUAAAACGUCGCCGCUAGACUAGCGACACCACGGAUGUUCAGCAUGGAAAGCAAUUAGGAAGGACGAAAUCGUCGUUGUCUAGGCGAAUAAUCAAACAGGAUGGGGGACUUUGGUUCGGACAGCGAGGAUAGCGAUGGAGAGGGAGGACUUGGAAACGUGAGCCGGGUCAUCAUCCGACCGCCAGGCCACAGCGGCAAAGCGAAGCGCGGUCACCUGUGCUUCGACGCGGCCUUCGAAACGGGCAACCUCGGCCGGAUCGAUCUGGUGGGUGAGUUCGAGUACGACCUGUUUCUGCGGCCGGACACGUGCAACCCGCGGUACCGCUUCUGGUUCAACUUUACCGUGGACAACGUCAAGCAGGACCAGCGCGUCAUCUUCAACAUCGUCAACAUGAACAAGAGCCGCAACCUGUUCAAGGACGGCAUGACGCCGCUGGUAAAGUCCUCGAGCCGGCCCAAGUGGCAGCGGCUGCCCCGGUGCGAGGUGUUUUACUACAAGUCGGCCGUCCACCAGAAUCACUACGUGCUGAGCUACGCGUUCGCGUUCGACAAGGAGGACGAGGUGUACCAGUUCGCGCUGACCUUUCCGUACUCGUACUCGAAGCUGCAGGCGUUCCUGAACGCGCUGGAGAGCAAGUUUCCGGACUCGUUCGAGCGGACCACGCUCGGGAUGACCAUUCAAAAUCGCAAAAUGGAACUGAUCACGUUCGACGACGUCAAGAAGCCGGAAAAGGUCGACCCGAAGAAUUUGAUCCACAUGGUGGUCGUUUUCGCGCGGAUUCACCCCGGCGAAUCGCCCGCUUCGUACGUGGUUCAGGGUCUGAUCGAGUACCUGGCGGCGGCGAAUCAGCCCAUUUCGAAGGCGUUGCGCGAGAACGUGGUGUUCAAGAUCAUCCCGAUGCUGAACCCGGACGGGGUGUUCCUGGGGAACAACCGGUGCAACGUGAUCGGGCACGAUUUGAACAGGACGUGGAACAAGAUGUCCCAGUACACGCACCCGACGCUGACGGCGGCCAUGAAGAUGCUGAAGGAGUAUGACAAUUCUAGCUGUUACCAGGUGGACUUUGUGAUAGACAUUCAUGCGCACUCGAGCCUGACGGGAACGUUCAUCUACGGUAGCACGUACGACAACGUGUACCGGUACGAGCGGCACCUGGUCUUUCCGAAGCUGUUCGCGUCCAAGUGUGAGGACUUCUGCCAGGAGCACAUGAUGUUCAACGCGGACGACCGGAAGUCGGGCACGGCGCGACGGUACUUUGUGGACGCGCUUAGCGACAACGUCAACACUUACACGCUGGAGGUUUCUACGUGCGGAUAUUACCUGAACGAUACCAACAUUCUGACGCAGUACACCGAGGAUGGAUACAUGCGAAUCGGUCGCAACCUGGCCCGGACCUUCCUGGAGUACUACCGGUUCACGAACAUCUUGCCGAUUCCACCGGUAGACGAGUUGCGACCCCGAGGUCGUCCCCGAACGCAUCGUCCUCGAGCGCGAUCAAGGACGCGCAGCGAGGUACGGCUGCGUCCAAAAACCGUCCGUACGCACGCUCCCAUCAGCUACACCGAUCUUUCCAUCUGCUACGACAGCUCGACCUCGAACGAGGGUUCCCCCAUUCGGUACAUGUACUCCAGCUACGGUGGCUUUCGGAUGCGCGCCCUCGGACCGCCGGAUCAAUACUCGCUGUCCAACAUCCAGGCGGCACGGUUUAGCAAUCUGGAUUUUAGCAGCGAUUUUCGAUUCAAGGUCACUCCGAAGCCCAAAAUGGCCGCGGCCGAGCACAAAAUGCCACCCAUUGAGAUGGUUUCCGUACCGCCAAAGCCCUGCCUAACCAUUAUAGACUUCAAUCAGCUAACGCGGGGUGGCCUGGAGGAGGCCACCUCGGGAAGAUCGUUGGAGAAGGAAAAGGAGAAAGUCCGACGCCACACGGCGGUCAAGGGCAGCUCGAGAAAAGCAUAGACUGUAGGUGUUACAAAAGUGCGUUCUCUUUUUAUUAAAAUUUAUAGUAGUCGCUUAUACCUAACCUUGUUACACAACUUUCUACAAACUUUGUGAAGGAUUCGUUUCCACAAAUAAGCACGUGGAACGAACCGUUUACAAGCUUUUUCAAUACAUUUUCUAUGUCAACCUCUUCCAAUCUGUGAUUGAAAA